AUGAAUAGCAUUGAUAGUUAUCAAAGCAAAGCAACAAUGAAUGCAUAGUCAAUAAUCUCUAAAAUAGCCACUCGAAAUGGAUAAGCAGAUAAUGGCUCAUUGAUAGCAGCUUUGGAUGAGGAAACUGUCUCUGCAGCUUGGAAUGCAUUCGGCCUUCAUGUUUCAAGGUAAUUACGAAUGGGAAGAGGAGUAGCUGUGAACAAAUUUGGAACAUUUUCUUUUAGUGCUCCAGAUGUUAUAUUGGAUGGAGUUACCAAUCCAGUAGAAAGAGACAAAUAGCCCCGUUAACCAGUAUUUCUUGUUGCAAAGGAAUUUGUUAAUGGAUUCAAUCUAAAAACUGCCAUAGCAAUAGGUCGAUAAUUGAGACCAUAUAAAGUGCAGACAUCUGGUAAGAUUUAGCAUGCAAUUGUGAAUUGGGCAGAAAUAGCAUUGUAUGCAUCUCAAAAUAAGGAUUCAGCUAAAAUGGCUGUUGAGAGAGUGAUUAAAUCAUUAUCUGAUAUAGUUCGCAACAGGGAUGUUGUUGAAGUUGAAAUUCCAUGUGUUGGUACAUUCUUUGUGAAAUCCCAUUGUGCUGCUGUGUAAUUUAUGGAUUCACUGAUGGAUAGUUGUAAAGUAAAAUAUGGGAUCAAUAUUUGUUUAUAGGAAAUCACCAAGAGACCAUUGUCAGAGAGAAAAUCAAAAGGAGACAUGCGUUUGACACAGUAAUACCUGCAGUAAUUGAGCAAAAGUCAGCAUCCUGAAGAAAACAAUCUCAUGAUUGAUGAAGGUGCCAGGAAUUAUUUAACUAAUUCUCUUGGAAUUGAAUUACCUGACACUAGACCUAAAACUGCUAAAAAUUCAUAAGUCUAAUCUAAAAAGGGGGGACUUAUGAGUAAAACUGUAUCAGAUUAUAUUCAAUAACAAUUUUAGUUAGAAUUAAGACCAUCAACUCAACAGAUCUCUAGAAUGGGAUUCCAAAGAUCAGUUAAUGAUAAAGUUUUUGCUUUGGAAAGAUUAAAAUAUUACAUAAGGGAUCAUGCACUUAAUAUUGAAGAUUCAUUUUUAGAUCUCUGUUAACAAGCAUUUGGUAAAACUAGUGAAAGAAAAAUUAGAAUGAAUUUUGAUGAUUUUAAGAGAGCUGUUCUUAAAAUAGAUUUGCCUCUUAAUGAAAUACAAAUAAUCACUCUAUUUUAGACUUUAGAUGUUAAUAAUGAUGGUUUCGUUGAUAAAUUUGAUUGGCUCAAAGCUAUUGUUGACAAAAAAACUCAUGUAAAUUAUAUAAAGGAUGUCGUGUUUAAAUUCUAAAUUCAUACGGAUGAUUUGUUAUAGAGAAUGAAUUUGCAUCGUGAUCAUCCUCCAGUUAAUUUGUAAUAAUUAAAAUUUGCUCUCAUGCAUUUAGAUGAAUCUCUAAAUUAACACAAAGCACUUAAAGUGGCUAACGAAAUUCUAGAUGGAAAAGAAACUAUUAGCAUGAAUGAUUUAUUAGCAUUAUUUAAUACAGUUGAAGAAGAUGACAAAAUGUAUGAUUUGUCUUGGUUUAAAGAUACUUUGCAUAAAAUGAGAGAUCAUUUAGUUGAUCCUUAGAAAAUGAAAGUUUUGAGAUCAUCUUUUGAAUAUUUCGAUGAACAUCAAGAAGGCAAUCUAGAUACUGCCAAUUUUAAGACUGUCUUAAUGGAAAGCUAGUUGGGAUUGAAUGUUUAAGAUAUCAAUAGAUUAGUUCGUUAUCUUCCUAAGAACAGAGAUUCAUUAAUAAAUUACUACGAUUUUAUUUAAAUGAUUAUGGAUGUUAACAAAUAAAUGGACUAGAAGGAUACUGCUAAAGAUCUUGUUGAUUUUGCAUAAAAAAUCAGUAAGUAUUUAACCUAAAAGAAAUUCACUGUUAUAUAAUUUUUAUAAUAAGUAAAGUCAGGGUAUGGAUCUUGCAAUAUUGAAUCUACUGCCUAAUAUCUAGAAAAGAAUCUCUUUACUUAAUUGUCUCAUGAUGAAUGUUUAGAAUAUUGUAGAGAAAUGGAUGUUGAUGGAAAUGGUGUUGUUAGUGAUGAAGAUAUGAAUACAUUCAUAAAAAGAUACUCAUAUUUCAAUGUCAGAAAGGAUCAAUCAUAAAUCGAAUAAAUUGUUGAAAGUCUGAAGAUUAAACCAUAAGUUGGAGAUAAUUUCUCAGCUAUUGAAAAAACUUAUGUUUAAUCUAAAUCUAUUGAUUUGAUUACUAUGGGAUAGAAGAAAGUGUUCUAAUCUUUGGUUGAUGGAAUGAACUAAUAAAAAAGCUUGUUUCCUGUUGAGGAAUUACCAGAAUCUAAAUUCGAUUAAAUACUUAAAGAUUUGAGAAUUAAAUUAAAUAGAAAAGGAAUGGGAUAUGAAGAACUUUUUACAUUCUUAGACACUGAUCACAAUGGAUUCUUAUCUAUCAGCGAAUUCUAUAAUAUUGAUAAAAUCAUGACUCUAAGUUAGCCUGCUAAAGAUGGGUUCUUUGCUUUUAUGGAUAAAUAGAGAAUUGGUUUGAUUGAUCUCAAUACUUUUGUUAAAUUUAUGAGCAAGUCCAUUAUUUAAUAGAUGCCAUCUUUAUCUGAAGAUGACUGGGAUUGGGAAUUGGAAAUCCUAUUCAAAAUAAGAAAUUGGUGUUAGAGAGAGAAUAUCACAAUAGAAGAUGCCUUUAGAACAUUUGACAAAGAUUUCGAUGGUUAAAUAAACAAAGCUGAUUUAAGAACUUUCCUCAAGGACAUUUUGAAAGUUGAAGAAAAAGAAAUCACUGAAGCCAAAAUCAAUAGAUUAUAUAAGUUAAUGGAUUAAUAUAAAAGAGGAAAGAUAACAUUAAUGGAUUUUAGACGAUUUGUAGAAGAAGGAUUUUUUUAUGGUAAAAAUAAAUAAGUAUUUGGAUAAACAACAAAUUUGGCUGCAAAACAGCAAUCUGAAUCAAGAUCAUCUUUUGACUGGAAAAUGAAUGCCAGAUAAUAAAUUGGAUUAAUUAUAAGCAGACAUUAUCCAAGUGUAAAAGAAUCCUUUGAUAUUGUAUCAGGAUAUCGUAAGAAAUUAGUAUUCUAAAAGUUUAAGAAAUGGAUUGAUGAGAAGAAUGUUCUUUCAGGAUUUGAUUUAACUGAAAAGUUAGUGUAUGAGAUAUUUUCAGAUCUAGAUUCUCAUAAAAAAGGCUAUUUAGUCGAAUCUGAUUGGCUGAAUGCAUUUGCUCAAUAUAAUUGGUAAGAUUAAAUGAUUAAGGAAAUCCAAGAUGCUCUUUCAACUUACUUUUCAAGCAUUCAAAAUGCAAUUCAUUAUUUUUAGAUGGAACACAGUCAUGUUAUAACAAAAGAGAGCUUUGCAAAGGCUUUAUAGACUUUAUUCCCAAAAAGAUUUGUUGAAGGUGACAUUGAGACUUUAUGGACAAGAGUUCAAAAAAAUGGGUCUUUAAGUAAUCAUGCUUUUGCAUUGAUAUUUGGAAAAGGGGGCAAAGCCUAUGAACUACCUGAAGGACAAUAACAAUUAUAACACAUUAGACCUAUGACUUAGGGUGGUUUAAGCGAAUUACCUUUGGACGACAGAAAUCAAGUGAACAUUAGCUUAUUAGACAAAAUCAGAAGAUUUUUGAGGAAUUCAAAUAAAAACAUUAGCGAAUUAUUUAAAUAGUAUGAUUCAGACAAUACUGGAUUCAUAACCAAUUUGGAAUUCCGUUAAGUGAUAAGAAGUCUUAAUAUGGGAUUGACAUUUUAAGAUAUCGAUAUAUUGUCAGCUAUGUUGGAUACUGACAGAAAUAGCAUGGUGAAUUGGAGAGAUUUUGCCAAGAGAUUAGAUUUUAGAUAAGCAGAUAAUAAAAUAUUAGAAAGAGCAGGAAUUCAUUUAUAGAAAGUGAAUGAUCAUAUUUAUCAUUAUUUGUUGUCUCCCAAAGACGCAUUUAGAUAGAUUGAUGCCUAACAUACUGGAUAUUUGAGUUUUGAUAAAUUUAAGGAUAUGAUUGAAAUGUUGUAUAGAUUGGCUACUGAAGACAUUCCUCCAUUUGCUAUUAUUAAAGAUCUAUUUGAAUUUAUUGAUAAAAGAAGAGAUGGUUUACUAGAUUUAACAGAAUGGAUGGAUGCUUUUUCUAAGUUUUCAAAUCCAAACGAAAAGAAAAGACCUAUGAGUGCUAAUGUAAGAAUGAAAAAGUCAUCACAGAAAUCCUUAAUGGCUUAAACUGAUAAAGGAUGGAUGACUAAAUAAGGUGCUUUGUCUCCGUAAUAAUUUGAAGGGUUAACAGAUGAUGGGUUGAUGAAUGCAACAAAUAAAUUCAAGACUUUUUUGAGAAGACCUCCAGCCAAGCAAACUGCACUACAAUAUGUUGAAAAUGGAAUUUGGGAAAGCUCCAAAGAGUUCGAUCGAACAAUAAAUGCCAUUGGAAAGAACAGGAAGUAUCUUCUUGAAAUAUUUAAGCAUUUGACUUAGAAUGGUCAAAUUCCACUUACUGAAGAUUUGAUUAAAUUAGAAAUGGAUAAAAUGCUGAGAUCUUAAGGAAUUGUUGUCAGGGAUGAAUAAUGGCCUUAAUUAAUUUCUUGGUCAAAGAAAAAUGGCCGCAUUGAUUAUAAAUUCUUGCUUGAAGUAUAUAAGGAUAGACUAAACGGAAUGGAUACGCAACCCAGAAUGGGGGAUGAAUGA